UAGAUCCCUGCAAAUAUCGUAGAAAGCACACGCACGAAAGUAGUAUAGUUACUGUCGCUACUAUAUUCGCUUGAUUUUUUUCUCCGUGUCAACGAGCAGAAUCUUUUAUUGUUUACGAUCAAAAAUAUUAAAAUAUUAUUCGAAGACAUUCUUGAUGAACCGAUUUUUUUUGGAAUCUUAAAGAAAUCACAGGUUGCAGUCGUAUUAAAAAUGACAAGUGUAAAUGCAGUUAUUCGACGGGCAGAAAGGUUAGAUUGCGAAGCAAUAAGAGCUUUUAUACAGGAACUAGCUGACUUUGAAAAACUACCUGAAGGACCUAAAAUCAAUUACAAAGAUCUUAUAAGAGAUGGAUUUGAAAGUUCUCCACCCUUAUUUAUGAGUUAUGUGGCAACAAUUCAAGAGAAAGUAGUUGGUUAUUCCAUUUUUUACUAUAGUUAUUCAACAUGGGAGGGAAAAUCAUUAUACCUAGAAGAUCUGUACGUCACUGAAGAACACAGAAACAAGGGAAUUGGAAGUUUGCUUUUCCAAACUGUUGUACAGUUUGCAGUGGAAAACAAAUGUAGCAGGCUGGACUUUUCCGUUUUGAAGUGGAAUCCAGCGAAAGAAUUUUAUUUAAAAAAAGGUGCAGUUAAUAUUACAGGAUCUCAGGAUUGGCAAUUUUAUAGAAUGGACCAACAAGCAUUACAAAGUAUAUAUAAAUCCAAAUAGUGCAGCCUUGACUCGUCAAGUAUUGUGUUUUUAUCUAUUCGAGUAAAAAAAAGUUGGAUAGCACGGUACGGUAUUACUUAUAGCAGCGCAGUAGCUUGAAUAUAGAAUUUGACUUUUUUCAUAUAGAACCGUUUGGUGCUAUAUGGAAUUAUAAGAAGGUCCUAUAUGGACAACUUUUAUGGAUGGUUUAGAUAAAAAAUACCACUUAAAAGUACACAGUUAUAAAUGCAAGAUUGCAUUGCAUUAAAACUAAAAUUAUAAAUUAAAUGCAAAUUUUGUAGAAAAAAGUAAAUAUUUCUUGGUUCAUAUUUGAUAGUAGAAAUGAGUAACUGUAUUUUCUCUUUGGAACGGUAAGUCCAAGAAAUAUUUACUUUUUCUACAAAAUUUGAAUUUAAUUUAUAAUAUUAGUUUUAAUGCAAUAAAUUAAUAACCUUGCAUUUAUAACUGUGUACUUUUAAGUGGUAUUUCUUAUCUAAACCAGCCAUAAAAGUUGUCCAUAUAGGACCUUCUUAUAAUUUUAUAUAGCACCAAACGAUUCUGUAUGAAAAAAGUCAAAUUCUAUAUUUAAGCUACUGCCCUGCUAUAUGGAAUACCGUAUCGUGCUAUCCAAUUUUUUUUACUGGGAUAUUAAGGCAUUAUCCCUAACAGCAACGGAUAUUUCUAGAUAUCCUAUAGACGUCCUGAGGAUAUUAUUUGGUCUGGGGAAAUUAGGAUAUCUUUAAGAUGUACCAGGGAUAUCCCUAGGACGUCCAUAAGACAUUCUGAAUAUCUGAAUGUUGUUAGGAAAAUUCUUCAAUAUACAUAUAUCUGUUAACUAAAUAUUAUGCAAUGGAAUUUUUUAAACCUACCUUACUUUGUUGUUUACUGUGAAUUCCAUUCAUUAUUGGUUUUAUACGAUUAAUCUCAGGAAUAUAAUAAAAUCUUGCUGUCUUCUCAA